ACCAGAUAAAUCAUCUUCCCUCAUCCUCACAUAUGGUACCAAUUCCACAUUUUCUCAAAAUCUCCACCUAACAACCACCAUCAACCACCGUAACUACCACCGUAUAACCACCACUAUGGGUGCGAAUUCAUCACUACUGAGUCAAGACAGCUCAGACGGGUCAACUCAUCCAGCAAAGCUAAAACUCGGUGACAUACCGGAAUCAUGUGUUGCACUCGUCUUAUUGUACUUAGAUCCACCGGAUAUUUGCAAAUUAGCGAGAUUAAAUCGAGCAUUUAGAGCUGCUUCAUCUGCUGAUUUCAUAUGGGACGCUAAAUUACCCCCAAAUUACCAUCAUUUAAUCGAUGAACACUUAACAAACACUAGUACCAAUUUGGGGAAACACGAAAUCUACGCCCGGUUGACCCGACCCGUUAGAUUUGACUCCGGAAACAAGGAAUUUUGGUUGGAUAAGAGGACUGGAGGGGUAUGUUUGUCAAUUUCUUCUAAGGCGUUUAACAUCACCGGAAUCGAUGAUCGGAGAUACUGGAACUUUAUUCCAACCGAUGAAUCAAGAUUUCAUACAAUUGCAUACCUUCAACAAAUUUGGUGGCUGGAGGUGGAAGGAGACGUAGAUUUUCGGUUUCCACGAGGAACAUAUUCCUUGUUGUUCAAGCUCCGGCUCGGGAAGUUCACGAAGAGACCCGGCCGGUGGGCUUCGAACAACGAGGGUGUUCAUGGUUGGGACAUAAAACCGGUUCAGUUUCAGCUCACUGCAUCGGAUGGUCAACACGCUGUUUCGAAGUGUUUCUUGGAGAACAUGGGGUGCUGGGAGUACCACCAUGUGGGUGAUUUUGUUGUUGAUGAUGAGAACGCGUCCACGAAGAUUAAGUUUUCUUUGACACAAAUCGAUUGCACGCACACAAAAGGUGGUCUUUCGGUUGAUUCGGUUCUUAUAUGUCCUAGUAACUUAGUUAAAGACUUUAGAGCUUUAUUAUAGAGACCAUGAUGUAAUGACACAAUGAUGUAUGUUUCAUGUUGUAAACAUUGUAUCAUAUAAAUUUUUGACAAUUAAGUUUUUGAGCAAACCAUGUACAAGAACAUUAAUAGUAUAA